AUGGUGCAAGGACUGAUGGGCACAGCGAUGGCAGAUUUACUGAAUAGCGACCUCCUCAACUAUUUCAAGAUCGCGCUUGCGCUUUUAGUCGUCGCUUUGGUAGAAAACGUCGCUGUCGGAUCAUCAUUCUCCUGGAUUUCGUCCUCCAAUAGGAGCUCGCACAUUGAUGAGGCUAAUCAAAGCUCCAUCAAAUGCAUCAAUGUCUCAACCGGAGGCGAGAAUUCUCCUUUUCCUACCACCACGCUUCGGCUAAUCACUGUCUUCAAAGACUUGAGACCACGAGUUGCUAUGUCUACGCAAUACGACACCAUCGGCAGCCGGUACAAGGCCUUCAAGGAAAGACCGGUCGUCGAUAUCGAAGAACCUAGUGUCUUAAAACGUCUCGGCAGCGUAGAGGGUCUAACAUGCCUCGACCUCGCGUGCGGUCUAGGCCACUGGUCCCGCCUCCUAGCUAGGAAAGGUGCAAGCAAAGUAAUAGGCGUCGACAUCUCCCAGACCAUGAUCUCUAGCGCCAACGACCUCCUCCCAGACGACCUCAAACCCACUAUCUCCUACCAAACCGGCGACUGCAGCAUCCCCACCCCCGUCCCCGGCGGCCCCUUCGACCUCAUCUUCGCCGGCUGGCUCCUCAACUACGCCCCUGACUACGCCACCCUACUCAACAUGUUCCGGCACAUCCACGUCAACCUCGCCCCCGGCGGUCGCUUCAUCAGCAUCACACCCAACACGCACUGUCCCAUGUACGAGCCCAUCGACGACUACUACGGGGUGGCCGUCUGGCCGGUCGAGAAAGUGGGGGACGAGGGGUGGAAGUGUCAUCUCAAGGCUUACACGGAGCCGGAGCCGGUGGAGUUUGAGAUGUAUCAUUUUUUGCACGGGUUUUAUGAGAGGGCUGCGAAGGAGGCGGGGUUGGGGGAGGUGCGGUGGUGGCCCCCGGUUAUGCCGGAGGAUGAGAGGAGGGAGGGGGGGUUUUGGGAUGUUUAUUUGUUGAGGCCGCAUAUGCUGGUUUUGACUGCUUCUAGGGAGUGA